AAUCCAUCUUAAUAAUCAUGUCACUAGAUUUUAUUUUCUCGUUAAGUCGCGUAACCUAGGCGUCUCCCGUCCGAAAUGGUUGCAUCGAUAAAUAUGCAUUCAAUUGCAUAUUUAUCAACGCAGCUCUUUCGGAUUGUCCAGCGUUUUCCACGGACAGCCCGAGGAUGUGUAGAUUGGGUACGUUGUCCAUGCUCUACCCUGUUCCGAGACAGGAUUUCGGCGGCGCCUCCCUGUUGUUCUCCGAAGCACAUCCUCUCGGCUAUUAGCCGCGACGUGUAUCUGGAGAACGGCUGGGAGGUGCUGCCGAAAUUUUGUCUCGGAACAGGGUAGAGCAUGGAGAACGUACUCAAUCUACACAUCGUCAGGUGGGAUUAGGACCCAUCUUUACCUAUUAGAGAUGUAGGUGGAUUCAUGGCCGUCCACGCCGUAGAAAAUAAAAAUUUGAUGUGAUUAAUUUAAAUGAAUCCUUAAUUUUAUUGUGUGGCUCCCAAUAAAAGCAGAGGAUGGCAAAUAAUCAGUGGAUGUACAGUGGUUUUAUCCGUCGGAAUCGAGUAACAUCAGAGUGGAUCGCAAAAACCGAUGUGUAUUUGAAGGAGAUAUUCCGUAGUCCAAUGAGAAUUAUCCCACCAUGCCCCUGUGCGAGAUGUGCCAGACGUCACCGUAAAAAUCAGAAGGACAUGACUGACCACCUUCGCACACACGGAUAUAUACCAAACUUUGACAUGCCGCCGAUAAACUUAGCCGAGCGGGACCGUGGUAGAGAGGAGGUGAUGCGACAACGCAUCGAUGGUUAUGUGGACGACGGGGUCAGGGACAUGCUAGAUGAUGUCAUUGCUGCAGAAACGGCACAUGCAACACCUUCAGAGAAUGAACCGGAGGAGCCGAAGGCAACUGCAAAGGCCUUCUUGGAGGUUUUGGCCUCAUCGAAGAAACCUAUUUAUGCGGGUGCAAAAAUAUCUCAGCUGGAUGCCAUCUCAGAAUUGAUUGCAGUCAAGGCUGAGUACGGCUGUAGCCAGAAAUGCUUCGAAGCAUUCUUGGGAGUAUGGGCUAACAGCCUCCCUGAGGGUCAUGAACUGCCUAAAAGCAUGUAUGAUACAAAGAAAAUCAUAAAGGCACUCUCUAUGGAUUAUGAGAAAAUAGAUGUUUGCCCGAAGAAUUGCCUUUUGUUUAGGCACGAGUAUGCGGAUGACAAGUACUGUAGGCAGUGUGGUUCGUCUCGGUACAUUGAGGUGGUCGGUGAGGAUGGUGAGAAAAGGCAGCUAGCCAUCCCCGUUAAGGUUCUUCGGUAUCUUGAUUUUAUAAAAAGACUGCAACACCUUUUCAUCACGGAGGAGUCUGCCAAAAUGAUGAAGUGGCACAAGGAAGGUAUAAGGUACAAUCCAAAAAAAUCGUACAUCCAUCGGAAGGGGAAGCAUGGAAAUCGUUCGAUGAAGAAUACCCCGAGGAAGCAGCCAAGGCUGGGAAUGUCAGAAUAGCCAUAUCAGGUGAUGGGUUGAAUCCAUAUGGUAUGUCGUCCAAUCCAUACAGCUGUUGGCCCUUGUUUGUAAUUCCGCUCAAUCUUCCUCCCGGUGCCCUAAUGCAACGCAAGACCAUGUUCUUGUCGCUCAUCAUUCCAGGGCCUGAUUAUCCGGGGAAGCAAUUGGGUGUGUUUAUGCAGCCGCUGGUGGAUGCUUUGCACCAUUCUUGGUACUUUCCGACGUUGACAUAUGACCGGCAUCUGCAGAGAAAUUUCUUGAUGAAAGUUUGGUUGCACUAUUGCAUGCAUGACUUUCCCGGCUAUGCUCUAUUCUGCGGAUGGUGUACAAGUGGGAAGAUGCCAUGCCCAGUGUGCAUGCAGGCUCUGCAAAUGAUUUGGCUAAGUAAGGGUGGCAAGUAUGUAGCCUUUGACCUGCAUCGACAGUUCCUCCCUCCAGACCAUCCAGACAGGGAAGAUAAGAAAAACUUCACGAAAGGUCGGGUUGUUCAUGAAGUAACCGAGAUUCCAACAUUUUUGGGGGCAGAUGUUCUUGCUCAGCUAAAAGCUCUCCAGCCUAAAGUCAAAGGCAAAGCCAAAGCCAAAGCCAAAGGCUUCGAGAGAUAUGGUGAGACGCACAACUGGACUCACAUUACCCCCUUCUCGCAGCUUCCCUAUUUCAAGGACCUCAAACUUUCUUACAAUAUCGAUGUGAUGCACACCGAAAAGAAUGUGGCAGAGUCCCUUUUCCACACGAUCCUCAACAUUCCUGAUAAGACGAAGGAUAAUGUUAAAGCUAGAGCCGAUCAACAGAGAAUUUGUGAUAGACCACGUCUGAACAUGAAGCCUCCCACAGGCGGUCGAAAAAACUGGUUCAAGCCAGAUGCUGACUUUGUCCUUAAACCGCCAGAAAAAAAGGAAGUACUUAUCUAGCUGAAACACAUUUUGAAGUUCACCGAUGGUUAUGCAUCAAAUAUAAGUAAGGGAGUCAAUCUUUCAACGGGCAAAGUGACCGGCCUGAAGAGUCAUGACUACCAUGUAUGGAUUGAGCGGAUAAUGCCGGUGAUGGUUCGAGGCUAUGUCCCCGAGCAUGUCUGGCGAGUGCUUGCCGAGCUAAGCCAUUUCUUCCGCACGCUUUGUGCUAAAGAAGUAAGUAAAGACGUGAUUGAAAAAUUGCAUAAGAAGGCACCGGAGUUGAUAGUCAAGCUAGAGAAGAUCUUUCCGCCAGGCUUCUUUACUCCGAUGACACAUCUUAUUCUGCACCUCGCGAAUGAGGUAUUGUUGGGGGGGCCUGUGCAGAAUCGCUGGCAAUACGGCCCUGAGACAGAACAAGCAUCUCCGACGGAAAUGUGGAAACAAAACUAAGAUUGAAGCUUCCAUAGCUGAGGCAGUUAUCCAAGAGGAGGUGUCAGACCUCAGGACAUCAUACUAUCCAGACCACGUUCCUCAUCUGCAUAACAAGGUGCCUCGAUACAAUAUAGAAGAGCCAAAGUAUCAACCCAGGCUCCAUCUAUUCAACGCGCAAGGUGGGAGGGCUGGGGCCUCGAAACCUUAUAACAUGCCACGACAAGAGUGGGAGGACCUUAUGUUCUAUAUCUUGCACAACAUCAAGAAAGUUGAGGAAGUGUGGAUGAGUGAUUUCGUUCAAGAGGAAUGGACGGGAAUGAAUCCUCCUACUGAGGCGGAGGCACUUACUCUUCUCCGUCAUGGAAACCCUGGACGUAAAAAUUUUGUUGCUUGGUUCAUGGAGAAAGUAAUUUCCACACUCCCCUAUUAAAUACUUAGUUCAACAUUUAUUAGUUAACUAAUGCACGCAACAAUUUCAAUUAUA